AAUAGGUUAAAAAGAUCAUUUAACUAUAACGUCCAAAGACCGCAUUUCGCUGACUUUUUCGACGCCCAUCCAUUUCUUCUGCUUUCCUUCUUCUUCAACACUCUCUCCACACAGAACCAAUAUGCUUCAUACUCAUCUCCUUCCCUUAUUGACCUUAGUAUUGACCUGGUCGUGCUGGAUUCUUGAUGGCGUCGUUUCGGAUUCCCAGGCCAAUAUUUUGAAGCCCAUCGCAUGCACACCGUUCAACCAAUUCGUCGUCUCCAACAUCACCAUCUUCGAAGAGAACAAAAACGCAACGUUGCGAGACAUCAGAGAUCAGAUCAGUGACCAGAACAAGCUUUUCGUCACGGCGCAGCAAGGCGCUUUUGGAAACCCUGCUGUCUCCACUCUUUUUCAAUGCAGAAACUACCUCCCCGUCGCCGACUGUGUCGCCUGCUUUGACGUCGCCGCCCCCGACAUCCUCAGCUGCCCCGCCGGAGCCCCCGGUGCCCAUGUCGCCUACGAUGGAUGCUUCCUCAGGUACGACGUGGUGAGCACCUUCUUUGACGACACAACAGAUACUAUAAGUACAGCAUCAUGUGGAAAUCAGACUAUUACAGAAGAACCCACAACAUUUACCUCAUCCGUGCAACAAGUGCUCAAGAAUCUCCAAACUGUAACACCCACAACCACAAGCUUCUUUGCAGCCACAAAGAUGAAAGUGCCUAAUAAUAAUAAUGGCCCAACAACUAUCUUUGCAAUUGCUCAAUGCACUGAAACACUCACACAGAGUACAUGUGAGUCUUGCUUGAGCAGUGGCUCCAACAACAUGCAGAUUUGUCUUCCCAAUUCAGAAGGUAGGGCCAUUGCUGAUGGAUGUUUCAUGAGAUAUUCCACCACUUCCUUCUUUCCUGAUAACUACCAGACCUCUGAUAUCACUCCCUCCUUCAAACAAGGUUCAAGCAACAUAGGGGUCAUUAUUGGUGGAGUUGUUGGAGGUGUAGCUCUUGUUUCAUUGAUCCUCCUCGUACUGUUUUGCUUGACUAAACGACCAAAAAGGAAUAAGGAGGUUCCUAGAGGAGAAAUAAUUGGAGCAAGAAAGUUGAAAGGCCCAGGUAAUUACAGUUACAGGGAAUUGAUGUCUGCAACCAAGAAUUUUAGUGAAGAAAAUAAACUAGGAGAAGGAGGAUUCGGGGUUGUAUACAAGGGUGUUUUGAAGAAUGGGAAAGUAGUUGCAGUGAAGAAAUUAACUUUGCGCCACUUGCACUCCAAUAAGGUGGAGGAAGAAUUUGAGAGUGAGGUGAAGCUUAUAAGUAAUGUUCAUCAUCGAAAUCUCAUUCGACUUCUAGGAUAUUGUAGCCAUGGCUGUAGCAGAAUACUUGUUUAUGAAUACAUGAAAAACAAGAGUCUUGACUAUUUUUUAUUUGGAAAAAAGAAAGAUUUGCUAAGUUGAAAGCAGCGAUAUGAUAUAAUUUUAGGAAUUGCAAGGGGUUUGACUUAUUUACAUGAAGAAUUUCAUGUUCGUAUCAUACAUAGAGAUAUCAAGCUCAACAACAUCCUCUUAGAUGAUGAUUUACAACCUAAAAUUGCUAAUUUUGGGUUAGCAAAGCUUUUAUCUGAGGAUAAAUCUCAUCUAAGCACAAAAUUUGUAGGAACACUAUAAGUAAGCAUAACUAUAUUCUUUUACCUUUAUUUACUCCUAUUACAGCACAUACAUAUAUUAUCAUCACUUAGAAGCACGAAUACGCCAAAAUGGGCACCAUGUCUGUGUCAAAUAUUGUCAUCACUCAGAAGCAUUAAUAUGCCAAAAUGGGCAUCGUGUUUGUGUUGGAUAUGUAUUCGACAUGGACACGCAUCUUGUAUGCGAAUGCAGAGUUUCUUUUUUUUUCUUUUUUUUUUGUUUUUGUUUUUGCAAAACGGGCAGACACGGGCUUUUAGGCGUUUUUUCCCCUCAGAACAGAUUACUUCAUGAGACAUCGACUGAUCCCUUUCAUUCCCAAGUCCCUCACCUGACUUGCUUCACUCUAUCUUUGACCUAGUGACCUUCCAUUGUCGCUGACUAUCAUCCUUCCCUUCUCCACCGUUGAGCUUGAGCAAGGUAAUGUUCUCCUUCGUCGCUCUAUCUCUUCGAGCCACUGUCGCUUUGGCACUCUCUGUGUUUGCCUCCUUAGUCACUGUUUCAAUGUCUUCCUCAGUCAUUGUGUCACUAUCUUUUCUCCUCCUCAGUCACGACUCACAAGGGUAAUAGUGUUCAGCUUGGUUGCUGUUCUAUUAGCUCUCCUCAGAUUAAAUAUGUAAAAAAUUGUUCAUAAUUUUCAGUAUCUAUUAAUUUAAGUUGAUCGUUGCCACUUGAUAGUACUUAAUUAUUUAAUUACUUAUAUAUGUGAAUCUAAAUAUUUAAUAUUUAAUAUUUAAUUAUUUAUAUAGUCAUACUUGUACCCUGAAAUUUUUGAAAAUUGUCAUAUCCGUGUAUCCUACCAUAUUGUAUCCGAUAUUCAUACCAGUAUUAGUGCUUUAUAGGUCAUCACCCUUGAAUAUUUCUAUAUACGCUAUGCACAAACAGUCAAACUGACAGAGACUCACACACCGUGUAUGUGUUAUAAAAUAAAUUUAAAAAUAUAAAUAUACAUAGUUGAUAUAUUUAAAUAGAAAUAAAUUAAUAUAUAAAUAAGUUUAUUAAAUUAUUUUGUAGUAUUAAUCAAUAUUUACCUUU